CAGCGGAGCACGUGCAGAGACACACAUGCUGAACCUCGCCGAAAAGUGAAGCGCUUGUGGAAAGAAAGAGAGGAAGAGAGGUAGAGAGAAAGAGAGAGAGAAAACAGAGAAAAAAAGCGAGAGAGUCGAAUCAGAUCAGCGGAGAAGAAAAGAACCGGCUGGGUUUCACAGCAAAAAGCGGACACGUUUGAUUUUAAACGAGAAAGAGAGAAAGAGAGAGAAAAACAGAGACAGAGAGGAGGAGAAGGACCGUGUUUACCGGGGCUGUGGUGUUGUUGUCCCACCAUAUACGACCACCCCUCCUCAAACAAGGGAUGCAGUCGCUUGGCAGUCGCUCUGAAUGGCCUUCACGAGCCUCCCUGUCUUCCAACAUGCACUGCCUGUUCAGCGAGAGUGAUCAGACAGAGGAUGAGGUCUUGUCAGAGGCAUCUUCAGAGGGAGAUGUUGUGGCUGGUUUGGGCAAGCCCAGUCCUGAGCCCUUCUCCAGGGAGCUCACACUCAGGCCCCAGGCACAUUUAGUCUGUGGAGAUCAGCAGGCCUCCAGAGUAGAGAGUGACCAGACAGCCCACAGGCAAUUGACCUGUGUAUCAUCAUCUAGGACUCUGACAGAACGAGAUCUGGCUUUUUCUCGCAAAUGUGCAGAGCUGCAAGGUUAUAUUAGACCACUGCUGGAGCUGCUGAAUGGAUUAAAAACAGGGAGAUAUGACAGAGGUCUGAGCACAUUCCAGCAGAGCGUUGCUAUGGACCGGUUGCAGAGGAUUGUUGGGAUCUUGCAGAAACCUCAGUUGGGAGAGAAGUACAUGCGCACGCUUCUGCAGGUGGAAAUGAUGUUGAAGGUUUGGUUUCCCCGGGUUUUACCUACUGAUCCUAAUUCCACCUCGCUGUCCCAGGACUCCAGUGCUGCCAGCCUGCCACCACGCUGGCAGCAGAACCAGCUGCCCGUUAAGAAACGUCGAUUAAGCUGGUCAGACUCCGAGACAGGUCUGCCAACCUGCAAACAGUCUCGAGAUGAAGAGCCAGAACACCCCAGUCCCACUCCCACCAGUUCAGAGCGUGUCACCUGUACUGGGGCCACCUCUAGUGCACAAACAAAAGAAGAAGAUGCAGUAUUGAGACACCAAGGACCAGAGACGUCAGAAUCUGGAGGUGGGAGCUGUUCAGACACUCAGGACUCUUCUGUCUCCUCCACCACCCCAACUUCAGACCCCGGCCAGGCCACUGGAAAAAGAGAGGUGGCAGUUUCUCUCCGCACACGCAAAUGGGUUCAAGAUGUGAAUAGGGGGCUGCCAAAAAAGAGAGCUCAUCAGAAAUCCAGUUUCAUAGAAAAGCAAAGCACAUAGCAGUAGGCAGGUCUCUUUACCUUUUGUUAAGAAAUUCAUGAAGUCAUGAAGUAAUAUUGGGAACUCAUUGCAAUUUCUGUGAAACAACAAAAGACGCUAGUUCAGUAGGUGUUCAGAUCACCUAGGUCGGUAAAAUCCUACAGUUUUGCCGUAAAUAGCAGGAUAAAUGGCAUUUCUGUGGAAGUCCAAUCAGUGAUUAUAAGUCCUGAACGGCCCCAGUGAAAGGUGUACGCAUAAGUGGCUGAACUUCACUUCUUCAGCAUCUGUAUGUCAUCUUGUACAAAAUCUUGAGCAGCAAAACGAGUCGCUGAAGCACACUGAAGCUUCUAAAACACUCUGCUGUUACUGCCGAAAAAUGCUGACCUGUUUUAGUUUACACCAUUAUACCAUUUGCUGACAAACAGGCAAUCUGCAGAUAUGUACUUUUGGUAAACUACAGCACUGUUGCACUCUUAAGAUCACAAACAACCUUAACCAUCUUCUUCUUGAAUUGUAAACAUCCAUACGCAAAACAAGUCAUACGCAAAGUGAAUGGAAGAGACUUUUACACAUAUAGAUCUUUUUUUAAAGAUAAAAACAAUUAUUUAACAUCGUUUCUAUUUUGAAUUGGAUCAUUACUUGAAGACACUGGACUCACUGAAAGCCUUAAGAUGAUACCAGAGAGCCAGUCUUUCAUUACUGAGCAAAUUCCAUCACCAGAACUUGAUGUUGUGUAUUUAUUUAGUGGCAGAGAACAUAAUCUCCAUUAGUUUAAAAGGUGUGACAAGUGACUUGUGAAAUGCUUUUGUUAAAUGUGAAACACGGAGGACAUCAUGGGAAAACUGUUUCAUUGCCAAAUACAUCUUGCACAUGUAAAGAGUACCAUACAUGCUUUUUUAUAUAAUAAUAGGAGGCUGUACUAUUUAUUUGUUCACUUUAUCAGUAUGUUUUUCAUUUCACAAAUACAGACAAAUAGAGACAGUCAAACUGGAAGCAGGUAGUUAUUUUAGUUUGCCUUUUGGGCGAGCUAAACCUUUUUAUACAGUAUACAUAACCUGUAUUGUUUUUUGUUAACUGUUUUUGUGAUUAAUAUUUAGUCCAUACAGUGAACUUAACACACAUUGGAGUCUUCUUCUUAAAUCAGCUUCAUCAAUUCUGGGCUGAUUUCACGUUUGUCAGUAUGCUCUUAUACAGUGCCUUGCAAAGGGACCCCCUGAAGUCAUCAGAUUCAUGUGGAUUACACAUGACAGUUAUAUAGUUUGUUCCAGACAGUAUUUCAUUGCAAGACAAAUGCCCUAUUUGUUAGCAAAAUUCAGUUUGCACAAGUAUUCAAUCCCCUCAGGCCAGCGAUUGGUAGAAAUUCUAGCAGCUCUGCACACUUUAGGAUUGAUCUUGGGUGGAUUCACAAACACAAAAUAUUCUUAACUUAACUAUUUAUUUAUUUACAUUUUCGUUUAAGAAAAUAUUUAAAAACAAUUGGUAUUAUAAUUUGAGCCAUAGCAAACGGACUACUUUGCUAUUCCAAUACAAGUUAUUAACAUUACAUUAGCUGACAUUGCAUCCUUUUUUUCACUGUUGCACCAACAACAAAGCACUUUUUUGAAUAACUCGUAAUUGUUGAAGUAGUUCAACACUGAUGUAGUAUCUAAUUUGAUGAGAUUACAAAUUGAGAUUGUUCCUACAGAACUGUUAGUAUGUGUCCUUUAUGUGUACAUAAAGAAACAAAAAUCAAGAAUUUAGAAAAAAAAUCUAUUCUGGCUUUGGUUACUAAAAUGUUUAAAUGCUUAAUUUUCCUCCAUUUUGCUCAUCAUUGCAUUGAUUUAACUGAAUGUUGGAAACAAUUGAAUGGAACUUCACAUUGUUUAUGAUAAGUGUAGUAAUGCUACAUAAUAAAUUAAUAAAUACAUUUUUGAAUCCAUCAACUGCACUUAAAUUUGGACAUUCCAUAACAAACAGCAUUGUUCAGUCAGAAACUGAAUCACAGAUUAUUUUCUUGAUUAAUAUACUUUAGGUGAACUAGUUUGAGGGUCAAUCUUACAAUAUAAUGACAGUACAAAAUGUAUUAACCUAAUGACUUUUAAGGGGGUUGAAUGCAAGGUCCUGUACUCUGGUUAUAGAGCAAGGCUUUAGGCUGUUGGAGUUCAUUUCAGUAGUUAAGAGGGAUUCUACAUUCUACAAAGAAUUUCAUGCUUUGUUUACUAACAUGGAAUAUGUCAAUAUAUUGUGACUCAGGAUUAAACAGUAAGAAUACAAUGUUACAAUAGGUUGUAUCUGUUAAGGCACAUUUAAAACCUAUAGGAGACUUGUGAGGACAUGGUAAUGUAGACACUGAACUUUGCCUUCACAUGAGCAUUACAUUUGAUUGUUUGAAAGAAACUGAAGUAGCACAUAAGACACCGCUUGGUGUAGCAAUAUUAAAAGGGGAAUGUACCUGUACCAUUUCCAGGUUGGGCAAAUGUCUACAGAAUCUGGAAUAUCUGUAUUGUUUAUUGACUUUGCAGAUGGCUUAUGGAAUCCCCUCAUUUUCAGUUAACAGAAGUGGGUAUUUGUUUGAUAUUGGUCUCAGGUAUUGUACCAAGCAGAUAUUGUUCCCCAUUUUUGAUUGAGACACCUCAUAAUACAGUACAGUAUAAUGUACAGUACUUCAUCACAUAUUCUUAGUGUAAUCUUUUAUACAGUAUAUUACAUAUUGUGUUCUUCCCCUGUAAGUUAUUUCUUUCAUUGUAUUGGAAUUGCUUUUAAUGGAUGUUAAAAUAUUUAACAAAAGUCUGUUUUCAUAUGAAUAAAUGUUUAUUUGUUUUUGA